UUUCAAAACGAGGCUAAGUGCAAAACCUUUCUUGUGAAAAUGAGUUUCAUUUGCAUCAAUGGCUUUGUAAUUAGCCUGACUUUGAAACAGAGGCUUGAGGCAACUUUGAAGUGGCGUAUUAUUCUGUUGCUUAUUUCAACAGGAACAAACAGUGACGCCCAUGCGGGAUUGCGUGCUUGUAAAUGCCUGGAGGGAUAUUAUCGGACUCACAUGUUUGAACUGUGUCGAAAAUGCGAAGAUGGACUAAACUGCGAGAAUGGAUAUGCUACUUUGAAACCUGGCUAUUGGUGGAAAUGGAGAAAUAACAGCCUUAAAGACCGCUACCGAGUUUUCAUAGCCAAUCUCUUAUCAUCUUCGCCAUCAUUUGAUAAAGAGGACGUGCAAUAUGCGUAUCCUCUACCAACUCCACAUAAGUGUCCAGGAAGAAAGUCAUGCAAAGGUGGCAUGGAUUCCUCUUGCGAGGAUGGCUACAAAGGCCCCCUUUGCAGCGUGUGUUCAAAAGGAUACUUUAAACAAUUUCAACGAUGCAGGAAAUGCCCGACAAAGACGUGGAUUGUCGCCCAGAUGUUAAUAGUUGCUACAGUUAUUUUGAUCAUUAUUGCAGUUUGUGUUUGGACAAAUAAGAUGAAGAAUAAGAAAGGAGGGGAGAGCUCUUUAGCAGACUCUUUCUUGUCCAAAAUCAAGAUUGCAAUUGGAUUUUAUCAGGUGACGUAUGGUUUGCUUGAGGCCUUCUCAUACAUUGAAUGGCCAGAGUCUUUACGAGCAAUUGGCAAGUAUUCAAAAGUACUCCAGCUAAACAUACUUGAGAUGGCUCCAAUUAACUGCUUUUUCGAGAGUCUACAAGUUGAUGCUUUUGCCAGCUUACUUUCAAUAAUCGCAAUAAAUUCUGCCAUCAUUAUCUGUGCAGGCAUAUGUUACGGAAUAAGAAGAGCUGUUAUCUCAAGGAAAGAAGAUAUGGAUAUCGAGCAAAAGUUAAAGGAACUGUCACAAGCUAAAGAAACCACGUACAGAAAUCUUUUCUUUUUCCUGUACAUCACCUACCUUAGCACGUGUUCUAAGACAGUAACUGCUUUGCCCCUUGCAUGCCGGGAACUUUGUCAAGACGAAAACGAGGACUCUUGCACGAAGUACCUGAAAGCCGAUUAUAGCAUACAAUGUCAUGGGCCUUCGUUCAAUAAAUUGGUUAUCGUGUCGUAUUUCUCCUUAGUUUACGUUGUUACUCUUCCUUUCUCCACAUUUAUUGUUCUUUGGAGAAAGCGAACUGUAAUACUUGACGAAAAACCUAAUGGUCUAGACCCAAGAACUGAAAUGAUCAAGGGUUUGCAAUUCCUUUACGAAAAUUACACAGCUCGUUCAUGGUACUGGGAACUAAUAGAGACGUCUCGUAAAGUAGUCGUCACAUCUGGUUUGAUACUCGUGGGGCAGGAAAGCAGAUCAUAUAUUGGCUUAGCAUGGGUCAUUGCCGGUAUGUAUGGAGUGUUCUUUGCCUGGAAUCGUCCGAUACAAGACGCCUUUGAAAAUCGACUGAUGGGCGCAUCCAUUGCUGUUACAGUUUUCAAUUUGGGUGUUGGGGCCGUCAGUAAAAUUCCUGCAGAGAACUUACCUACAGCGGCCGACGUUUAUAUGGACAUGGUCGUAUUCAACAUAUUAGUUCUUGGAGCAAACACGCUGGUCAUCGGAUUACUGGCCUGUAAGAUGCUUCUUAUA